AAGAGUGUCAAGCCAAUGGCUGGGGGAAAGAAUAGCACAGCAGUAACCAGGUUCAUCCUUUUGGGAUUUUCAGACUAUCCAAAAUGCUAUCUUUUUGUGAUAUUCUUGGUGAUCUACCUUGUGACCUUAACCUGGAACCUGUGCCUCAUCACCUUGAUUAAGGUGGACUCCCAUCUCCACACACCCAUGUACUUCUUCCUCAGCAAUCUGUCCUUUCUUGACAUCUGCUAUGUUUCUUCCACAGCCCCCAAGAUGCUCUCAGAUUUCUUCAAAGAGAAGAAGACCAUCUCCUUUGGGGGCUGUACUGCUCAGUACUUCAUCUUCUCUGGCAUGGGACUGACCGAAUGUUGCCUCCUGGCUGCCAUGGCAUAUGAUCGUUAUGCUGCCAUCUGCAACCCACUACUCUACACAUCCAUCAUGUCUCCUACCCUCUGUGUGUGGAUGGUAGUGGGAUCAUAUUUGAGUGGAUUCUUUGAUUCCAUGAUCCAACUAUGUUCUUUACUUCAACUCUAUUUCUGUGGACCAAAUGUGAUUGAUCAUUUUUUCUGUGAUCUGCCCCAACUACUGGUCCUGUCCUGCUCUGAUACCUUGGCCCUGCAGAUCCUCAAGUUUGUGAUAGCUGUGGUCUUUGGCUUGCUAUCUGUCCUCAUCAUUAUGGUUUCCUAUGGUCAUAUUGUCGAGGCCAUCCUGAAGAUCAGCUCUGCCCAAGGUCGCUCAAAGGCCUUCAACACCUGUGCUUCUCACUUGAUGGCCGUAACUCUGUUCUAUGGCUCAGGUCUCUUCGUUUAUAUGCGUCCCAGCUCCAAUGACUCCUUCAGCUAUGACAAGGUGGUAUCUGUUUUCUACACAAUGGUCAUCCCCAUGCUGAAUCCUUUGAUCUAUAGCCUGAGGAACAAAGAGAUCAAAGAUGCACUGAAGAGAUGGGAGAAGAGAGUAUUUGUCUAAGAAGCAUUUCCUAGGUAUCUGAAGGGCUGGGACAUGACUACCUUGGGCUUAGCGAGCUGUGUAUGGGAAAGGAAAUCUCAAUUGUUUCAUCCCAUAUUUGACACUUUUGGCUACUUGCCUGAUACUGUUCCACCAUCAAAAACCAGGACUUGGGCAAUCCUAGGAUCUUCCCAGUGGUUUCUGAACCUAAUAUCAAAUGGUGCUCAAGGGAAAUGCCAAGAUCUCUAGUGUUCUCAAAGAGCUUUUUAUCUCUAUCUCCCAACUCUGUCCCUUUUAUGGGUAGUAGUAUUAUUCACUCCUUUGUCAAGGGGAUGGUCUAUGUGAUUGUGUUCAAUAAGCCUCUUACAGCUCAAGCCCCCCUACACUGUGAAAACUCUACUUUUCUAUCCUUGUGUUAUUUCAGUGGGCCCUAAUUCCUCGAAAAUGGAGUGAUGAAAUCAUAAUAUUAUACUAGAAUAGAUUUGGAGCUGGAAGAAACCUCAAGGGUCAUCUAGUACAACAUCCUUAAAUGGGGAAACUGAGACACAAGAACGUCAAAUAACUUGCCUAAGGUUAAACA